AUGAGAGAUCGUGAAAUCAAGUCCAUUGCUAUUAUCGGAGCCGGAGCUGCCGGAGCCAUUGCUGCAGCGGCGCUCAAAGCGGAGAAGUCUUUCGAUCGGAUCCGUGUUUUCGAACGAAGGGAGACUCCUGGUGGCACAUGGAUCUACGAUGCCGACCCGCAGAUUCCUCCCAUUCAGCCUGGAGGUCUGCCAGCCGACAUCGAUAAACCACUGGCGGUUCCCGAAAACGUACCAGCAAUAGUGCCUCCGAAUGAACAAGAAAGAUAUGCCCACACGCCUGUCUAUUACAACCUCACGACAAACGUGCCUGACAUUGCAAUGUCUUUCUCAGACUCGUCAUUUUCCUACGGGCCCUUUGUCCCGCACUAUGUACCUCGUCAAUACAUAGAGAAUUACUUCUCGAUACACAAGACAGAUGAAUAUUUAUCGCUUGGCACCACGGUGGAAGACUUGACUCAGUUACCGGCUGCUUCCAGAGAUGGGCUGAAGACUUGGAAGUUGACCUUGCGCAAGUAUGACCGUCUGCGUCACGUUGAUGUAUGGUGGCAAGAAGAGUUUGACGCAGUAAUCCUUGCUAACGGACAUUAUUCCGUCCCUUGGGUUCCACGGGUUCAAGGCUUGGAGGCAUAUAUGGAAAAGUUCCCAGGCCGAGUGGUACACUCCAAAUUCUACCGGUCACCAUGGAUAUAUGCCAAUAAGAAAAUCCUCGUUAUCGGAAACUCAGCUUCAGGCCACGAUAUUGCAUUUGACCUCCUACAAGCCGUUCAGCUUCCACUACACCAGUCGCGAAGAUCGCGCGGAAGACUAGACGGCGAUGGUCCUCCCCCAGGGAUAAAAUGGGAAACUGUAAUCAAGGAAUAUAAACUGGACGGCACAAUCGCUUUCGAGGAUGGAAGCGAACUCAAGGACGUCGACCAUGUCAUCUACUGUACAGGUUACCUUCCUUCUUAUCCUUUCUGGAACAGCAAGGUUAAUGGACGAGCACUGUUUGACUAUAGUAAGAAGAAGCUGAUCAACAAUUAUUGGCACACCUUCUUCUACGAUAUACCCAACUUGGCAAUCAUCGGUAUGCCACGUGUAUUGACAUUUCGAAGUUUUGAAUACCAGGCCAUCGCAAUCGCGCGACUCUUCUCCGGCCGGAACAACAUUCCUCUUCCUCCUAUAGAAGAGCAACAAAAAUGGGAGAGAACCAGAGAAAAGACCCGCCAACAAGAAGGGAAGAAGUUCCACGAGAUAGAGUGGGAGACUGGAGAGACUUUUAGAUGGCUAGAUGGGUUCUUCCAGAUCGCAGGGCUAGGGACAUUGUCUGGGGAUGGCAGGAUACCGCCAGCAUUGAGUAAAGAUAUUGUUUGGGCUAUCGAGAAUAUCAGAAAGUAUCCGGACCCAGAAAAGGGCAAGCACGGCGACGAGGAUCAUAAAUCAGGAUCAAAGCAAGAUGAGUGGGUUUUAGUGGACAAAACUACCAAAGACCUUCUGUCUUUCAUCUAA